AAUUCUCCUGUUUCUCUUUCUCCUCCAGCUCGAUAGGAGGUGCUAAAACGCCACCGAUGCUCUUCCAGUCCAAAACAUUGUAGUAAGUCCUGAACAUCUCAGCCAACUUUAGCUAGAUAUUUAUAACUUUAGCGCUCUGCUCAAAAACUCCUUGUUGUGCGACUUUCACUGCCCAAACCAUGGAGGAAUCAGCAGGGAUUUAUGUCAGUGACGGAAAAUGGACUGACCACGACACAGAACAGCUGAUAAAAUGGCGCAUGGGACAUCACUUUCUGUUCUCUGGGAAGAAAUCGUCAGCCAGAAAUGGUUGGGAGAGAUUUAUACGAGAAACACUAUCAACAUUGGAUGGAGACUGGACUGCUGCCAAAGCUAAAAAGAAGUGGUCUAAUUUAAAAAGGAAAUAUCAGGAGAUCAGAUCGCUGGGAACAGACGUAGAAACAGUGAAUCCAAACUCCUGGCAAUGGUUUCAUCUGAUGGAGAAGGCUGUGGAACGAGAGUCCACGGCGAGUGAGGCUCUCCAACUGACAUCAUCAGUGGGCGAUGAUGAUAACGUGUGCACACCACAGCCCUGCAAGAGGGUGUGUCAGAUGCAGGUGGGAGGAGACAUUUUAGAGCUCCUGACGACUUCAAUGAUUGAGGUCAAAGGGGGAAGUGAGCCUGUAUUGGGAGAUGAAAGAGUUACAGCAGAAACAGCAACGCAGAACAAACAAGCAGAUGCAAAAGACCCAGAAACUGACCACUUCUCAGUUGACCUGGACGCUGAAAAGGCCAGCCUGAAAAGAGAAAGAUGGCUCGUUGAGAAGGAGCAUGCAGAGGUGGACAGAGAGAGAGUGAUUCUGGAGAAAGAGCGGGAUUUGGCAGAGAGGGAAAACGUAGCACUCCAGAGAGAACGAGUGCGGUUAGAGAAGGACAGAGCAGCGUUAGACCGGGACAGAGCUGCGCUGGAACAAGAGCGAGCAAGGAUUGAAAAAGACAGAGCAGUGCUGGAGCGGGACAGAGCUGCACUGCAAAGAGAGAAAGACAGAUUCACAGCUAUGGUGCUUGGCAGAAACGACACUGGACAAAUCGACAUGGACACUGGGCUCAUGGAGGACAGAAAGAGAUUAAUAUUUUUAUUUGAAAGGCUCAUUGAGAGGUUUUGAGUCAGUUUUGGCCCAACUACUAAUUGAUUAUUAUUUAGUGUAGUUUUCAGAAACUGUGCAAGUCAAGACAUCAUUUAGACAUUUACGUUCUAAUUGUUAUGUAUCUGUACACUUGCUGUGUUUAUUUAGCUGUAUUUACAGUGGGGUCCACAUUGAAAAUCUGGGUUUUUUGUCUGUAAACCUGAAAAAAACAACAGAAAAGAAAAAAAGGCAUGAUAGGUAAAAUGAAGCAAAACGAUUCUGCACUAUUUCUAGGUCAUUAUUCUAAUUUAAGCAAAAUUGUGACAUUGAUGUUAAGACCUUUGUACAAAAAGGUUAAUUUUUUUUCUAUCCCUUCCAUUGAAGCAGGAGUUCAGAUGAUUCUCAGGUGGAUUUGAUCUACUCAUCAGAGGCCUUUGCAUGAACUUGUGAAGUCCCCAACAACAGAAAAAAAAACAUUCUGAAAUGAAUAUUAAAAUUUUCAAGAUUCUACAGUCAAAUUGUUAUUCUGAUCAUCGAAUUUGUAAUGAAGAACUUUGUUAUAUAUUACAAAGAAUGCAAAAUAGAAGCAUUUUCAGUAGUGGUUUGAGUUUUGGAACCCACUGUUGGUAGGUGGGCAGUCGUAUUUAACGCGUUCUCUUUAGAUAACACUAUGUUAAAUAUGGCAGUGCAGUUUUUCUAUUUAUUUGCUAAGUUCAACAUAUCAGGAAAAACAAACCAUAAAAAUCUUAUGAAAUAUGUCACAACUUUUGUUAAUGCCACACAAAUAUUUGAAGUUUUAUUUUUCCCCCAGUAUGUUCAAAUUCAGCAAAUAAACAGUAGAUAUGCAUUUUCACAACAGAAAAAUGUAAGUUUGGAUUUUAAUUUAUAUACAGAACUGCGCAAAAGCAAUAGGGGUCUGUGGAAAUGGUAUUAUUAACCUGUUUAUCUGGGCAGUAAGUAUUUCUUUGUUCAAAAAAACCCAACAACUUUAGCAUAAAUACAGAUAAAUGAUCAAUACAUUGUGAUUGUUCUGUGUGUAAGAUUAACCAUUUCCAAAGCUCUCAUUCAGAACGAAUUUACAGUUACCAUCCAACACCUACUUCGUCUAAACAGUCCUUCAUUCAAUUAAAUGAAAUAUAAUAAAUCCAUGCAGCGCCUGGAGCACUGUGAGAAGUCAGGAUUCAGGAGCCAAACCUGUGUUUUUGUCUCUCUUCUUCAAACCAAGAUACAAAAACAAAAAAAAAAUCUAGUUAUUUUUACUGUAUUUAUGUUUGUGUGUUAUUUAUUAUCAUAUAGUGUUUAACUAGUUGGCACCAACAAAAAUAGUUUUAAACAGUUUUCUUGGCUGCCCAAGGCUUGCAUAGAACCAUUUUCUUUGUUUUCAAAAGCAUUGUUAUCUCUGUAGGAAGUUCCAGUUUGAGACGAAUGGCUGAAUGUCCUCUUAUAAUGACUUCUCAAUUCUGAGAAACUACUGUUACAUGAAAAUAGAGCUGUUUAGCAGGAGUAGUGCAGGUUGACUUAAUUACCCAGUUAGUUUUAAGUCUUUGACAGCUGAUAUGGCAGCAUUGCUCUCAUUGUGUGCUUUUUACGGUUCAACUAGUUAUUUCUACAAACCAAAAUAUUAGCAUACCUGAUUUCAGACACAGGGUGAUCAGGGUAGAAUUGCCUUUCCUUCAAUCCUUUUCCUGAUACAACAAAUAAACUGUAAACAUUUGAAAAAUGCAA